GUCAGCUUUGGAUGAUGAACAUGCCAGUUGUGCAAGGAGCCACCAGCUUCCCGGGGAGCUCAUACUUGGGUGUUUUCUGCUAGUGUCAGUUGGCUGCUUGGAGUCUGCAGUGUGUGGUGCACUCUGUGAAGAGUCAGAAGGAAUUCUUUGAGUAUGCAGAGAAGGGGAAUGUUAUUCCCUUGUGCCGGAGAGUAAUGUCAGAUUGUCUGACGCCAGUGCUAGCUUACCGCUGCUUGGUGGACUCUGAUGCCCAUGACCAUCCGAGCAUGCUGUUUGAGUCUGUGGAGGAUGGCACCAAGGCGGGAAGGUACAGCAUUAUUGGUAUAGAGCCAGACGUGGAGAUUUUAGCGAAAGAGGAUCUUGUCACAGUGCUAGACCAUGUCAAAGGGACUAGGUACGAGGCAUUGACCGAUGAUCCACUGUCAAUGCCAAGCGAACUCUCGAAGGACUGGGUGCCAGUUUUCUCGGAAGGGCUUCCCGACACUUUCACAGGCGGGUGGGUGGGUUAUACGUCCUACGACACCGUGCGAUACGUUGAGAAAAAAAAGUUGCCGUUUGACCACGCACCUGAGGACGAUCGUGGCCUUCCCGAUGUGCACCUUGGUCUUUACAACAGUGUUGUCGUGUUCGAUCAUGUGACAAAAAUUAUUUAUGUCGUGAAGUGGGUACCUCUAGAAAACUAUCCUAGUGUGGAAAGUGCAUAUGAAGAUGGUCAAGCAAAGCUUGAAGGCAUGGUCGCACGAUUGGAAGGGUGCAUAACCGGUUCACAAUUCCAGGUUGGCUUUGUUGACCUGAAGCUGGCUAAGCAUGGCAACCAAGCAGCAGAGUCGAACAUGAGCAAGGAGGAGUUUGUGAAGGCGGUGGAAAAAUCGAAGGAACACAUUCUGGCAGGGGAUAUUUUCCAGCUCGUGCUCAGCCAGCGGUUUGAGCGGAGAACGUUUGCAACUCCAUUUGAGAUAUACCGUGCAUUGCGCGUCGUCAAUCCAAGCCCAUACAUGAUAUACAUGCAAGCUCGUGGCUGCAUCCUCGUCGCCUCCAGUCCGGAAAUUCUCUGCCGGAUCGACAAUAGGACGGUGGUGAACAGACCACUGGCAGGGACCCGACGGAGAGGCGCUACUGAAGAAGAGGAUGAAAGACUGGAGAGAGACCUGUUGGCAGAUGAAAAGGAGUGCGCGGAGCAUGUCAUGUUGGUCGACCUUGGGCGAAACGAUGUCGGCAAGGUUUCGAAAGCAGGAACAGUGAAGGUGGAGAAGCUGAUGGAGAUCGAACGCUACUCACAUGUUAUGCACAUUAGCUCUACGGUGACCGGAGAGCUUCUGGAGGAGAUGUCCUGCUGGGAUGCACUGAGGGCAGCCCUUCCAGUUGGGACAGUCAGUGGUGCGCCUAAGGUGAGGGCGAUGGAGCUGAUCGAUGAGCUAGAGCCAUCGCGAAGAGGGCCGUAUGCCGGUGGAAUCGGCGCAGUAUCAUACAAAGGGAACAUGGACAUUGCUCUGGCUCUUCGGACGAUGGUCUUCCCAACCUUUGGUCGUUACGAUGCAAUGCUGAACUAUAAAGAUCCGUCUCAUCGGCGCGAGUGGUUGGUGCACCUCCAAGCCGGGGCAGGUCUUGUCGCGGACAGUGACCCCGAGGCAGAGUACCAGGAAACGGUGAACAAGGCUGCGGCAUUGGCGAGGGCUAUUGAUCUGGCUGAGACUGCGUUUCUUGGCCCUAAGGCCAAUGGUGGGCUAAAAUAGGGGGCCCACAUUUCUUGGAUCAAAGGCCAAGAAGGAGUGUUCCUCAGAAGCGAAUGGACCAAAGCGGGGUCAAAAUGGACCAAAAUGGGGGACAGGGCGGGCCGAAAUGAACGAAAAUGGGGUCAAAAUGGGGCUGAAACGGGCGGAAGUGGGGCCAGAAUGUGGUCAAAAUGGGGUCGAAAAGGGGCCAAAGCGGGGUGGAAAUUGGCCGAAACAGGGUCAAAAUGGGCCAAAACAGGGUCGAAAUGGGGCAAAACAGGGUCGAAAUGGGGCAAAUGGGCGAGAAAGGGGUCGAAAGGGGACAGAAACGGGGGCCAGAAUGGACCAAAAACGGGGUGAAAAUGGGGCAAAGCAGAUCACAACGGGGGGCCAAAGUCAGCCAAAUUUGGUCAAAUUUGCUGAAAUGAGUCAGUUUCAGCAGCUAGUGGGCGAAAAUGAACGACUGGUCACAUC